GUAGUUUCCCGCACGGCUGUAUUUCAGCGAGGCACCCAGGUGUCAUCAUUCAAUGCUAGCUGUUAGCCUGUUUAAAGCCGCGGCCGUCAGAAGAAUUCAGAGACUAAUUUAAUUUGUGUCACUGUGACUCCUCUCAUUGAUUGCCUGGUCUGCCGAGGACGUGUCCGGUUGGUUGUCAGCGGUCUCUGAAGACAAGUUAUCUUUGGCUCCUCUGUGCUAAUCGUUAGCCAAGUGCUAACAACAGUGACAGCAACUAACUUACAUGCGUCCACCGCCGCUGUCAUUUCAAGGCAGCCGAUCAACAGGGACUCUGACGGUGAUCCCCAGCAGAUAUCAUGGAGCUACAGGCGGUGUUGAUGGCGGCUGGCGGGGGUUCACGUAUGACUGAUCUUACAUACAGUACCCCCAAACCAAUGCUGCCUGUCGGCAACAAGCCGCUUAUGUGGUAUCCCCUCAACCUGCUGGAGAGGGUGGGCUUUGAAGAGGUGAUAGUGAUCACCACCAAAGAAGUCCAAAAGAUGAUGAGCACAGAUCCCAAGAUGAAGCUGGACGUGAAGAUGAAGCUGGACGUGGUUUGUAUCCAGGAAGAUGGAGACAUGGGCACCGCUGACGCUCUCAGGCACAUCCAGCAGAAGAUCAAGACGGACAUCCUGGUGGUGAGCUGUGACCUGAUAACGGACGUGGCGCUUCACGAGGUGGUCGAUCUGUUCAGGGCCCACAAUGCAACGCUGGCCAUGCUAAUGAGCAAAAGCCACGAAUUCACAGAGACGGUCCCAGGACAGAAGGGCAAGAAAAAGACGGCUGAGCAGAGGGACUUUGUUGGUGUUGAUCAGUCAGGGAAGAGGCUGCUCUUCAUGGCCAAUGAGGCAGAUCUGGAGGACGGGUUGUCGGUUAGGAAGUCCAUCAUGAGGAAACAUCCCAGGAUGCACAUCAAAACUGGCCUAGUGGACGCUCACCUCUACUGUUUGAAAAAAGCAGUGGUGGACUUUCUCACAGAAAACAAGUCCAUCUCAUCAAUCCGUGGUGAGCUGGUACCCUAUUUGGUGCGCAAGCAGUUUUCCAAAACAGUUAACAGUCAGAAAAUAAAAGACGACGCAGAGGAUCAGUCGCAGAAGAUGAACGACGGCUCCACAAACCACGAGCUUCUUAUCUCAUCCCGUGACGAGCCCCUACUCCAGCUGGCCCAGGACCGCUCCUGCUGGAACGACCACCACGGCGACAUGAGCGAGGCCUACCACGGGGGAAAGCUGCGCUGCUAUGUUCAUAUCAUGGACGAGGGCCUGUGCUACAGAGUUAACACCCUGGCCGCUUACAUAGAGGCAAACCGACAGGCUCCGAAGCUGUUUGAGGAGCCAGCAGUCCACUCAUCUGCUGUCAUUUCUGAGAGAUGUCAGAUGGGAUCAGACAGUAUCAUCGGAGCUCUGUGCCAGGUAGCAGACAAGACCUCCAUAAAAAGGUCCACCAUCGGAAGCUCCACCACUGUAAAAGAGAAGGUCAAAGUCGCCAACUCCAUCAUCAUGCACGGCGUUACCAUCGAGGAGGGGUGUAACAUCCAGGGGAGUGUGAUCUGCAGCAAUGCCGUGAUUGGCCGGGGAGCGGACCUCAAAUACUGUCUGGUGGGAAACGGACAACGGAUCGAACCGGAGGCUGAGCGGACCAAUGAGGUCAUUGUUGGAACGGACCAGCUGAUGGAGAUCUAGAUUUUCUAAGAGAGGACAGACAUCCCCUCAUUAACUAAUCGAAGACCAGCGAAACACGGGAGGGUUCACCACCGGCCGACUGACCAACCAGAAGCCUGGACGCUGCUCGACACUUCAACUCUUUCUUCCCGUAGGCUUUUUUUUUGUACACCCAAAUAAAAACAAGUCGGCUUAAACCUA